UUAGCUAUAGAAUGAGGCUAUACUACUAUGUGCAACACCCACCUCAUCUGUAUUAUAAAUAUGUCCUCUCAAAAAGAGCUUUACAUUUAUCACAGUAAAGGGGAGUCCAGAAAAUAUUAGCAGCAGGAUAUACUCUGGGUGUUGCUGAAGACAGACAUGUUUUUUACUGAUCCAAUCACACUAGUCCUAUCUAUUAUUAUUUGCCUAUGUUUGAUAUGUCUUCUGUAUGGCUGGAAUAACAAUGUUUACAAAAACUUCCCUCCUGGACCAAAGCCUUUGCCAUUAAUUGGAAGUUUGCAUCUCAUAAACCAGAAGGAACCCUUUAAAACUUUUAUGGAGCUAUCUGAAACAUAUGGUCCUGUGUACAGCAUCCAAAUGGGAAUCCAGAAAGUUGUUGUACUCUGUGGCUAUGAGACACUAAAGGAAGCUCUAGUAAACUAUGCUGAUGAGUUUUCCUGGAGAGCGCAAACACCAAUUUUUAAAGAUUGGUCAAGUGGACAUGGCCUUGUUUUUGCAAAUGGGGAGAACUGGAAAGUCAUGAGAAGAUUUACUCUUUCAACUUUACGAGAUUUUGGAAUGGGAAAAAAAUCUAUAGAAGAUAAAAUUAACGAAGAGUCUGAUGCCUUAAUUCAAAGGUUUAAAUCGUAUAAAGGACAGCCUUUUGAAAACACCAUGAUUAUGAAUGCUGCUGUUGCCAACAUCAUUGUUUCCAUAUUACUUGAUCAUCGAUACGAUUAUGAGGAUCCCGUGCUGCACAAGCUUAUGAAAGUAGUAAAUGAAAAUGUAAAGCUUUUGGCAAGUCCAAUGGUCAUGUUGUACAACGCAUACCCGUCACUGAUUCGAUGGAUACCAGGAACUCACAAAAAAUUUAAGACAAAUAUAGAUGAGUUUCAUAGUUUUAUUAGAGAGACCUUUGUAAACAGCAAGGAUCAAGUGGAUGCCAAUGACCAAAGGAACCUUAUUGAUGCAUUUUUCGUCAAGCAGCAAGAGGAAAAUCCAAUUUCUGGACAAUAUUUCCACAAUGAAAAUCUAAUGCAUCUUGUAUCUGAUUUAUUUGCUGCUGGAAUGGAAACAACAUCCACAACUCUCCGAUGGGGUUUAUUGAUUAUGAUGAAAUACCCAGAAAUUCAAAAAAAUGUACAAAAUGAAAUUGAAAAAGUGAUUGGAUCUGCCCAUCCUCAUAUGGAACACCGCAAAAAAAUGCCGUAUACUGACGCUGUGAUUCACGAAAUUCAAAGAUUUGCUAACAUUGUACCAGCCAGUGUUCCACGUGAGAUCACACAGGAUGUAGUUUUUAAAGGCCAUGUUCUUCCAAAGGGAACCAACGUUGUUCUUAUGUUGGCAUCUGCAUUAAAAGACAAGACUUACUUUAAAAAACCAGAUGAGUUUUAUCCUCAACACUUUCUUGACGCUGAAGGAAAUUUUGUGAAAAAUGAAGCAUUUAUGCCAUUUUUAGCAGGACGAAGAGUAUGUGCUGGGGAAAAUCUAGCCAGAAUGGAGCUUUUCCUGUUCUUCACAAGACUGCUGCAAAAAUUCACAUUCCAACCACCUCCAGGUGAUUUGGAUGUUGAGCUCACCCCAACAGAAGGGUUUACCAGAGGGCCAAAGCCAUAUCAGUUAUGCGCUUUGCCACGUACUUAGAAUUUGUUAACAAUUAGCAAGUUUGUAAUCAUUUUGUAAAAAUGCAUACACAUUAAGGGCUAGAUUACAAGUGGAGAGCUAAUUUAAUGUACGCCCGUAACGGGGCAAAUUUGACUGUUUACCGGCACACGUUAAAUAACCAACCAGACCUCUGGUUAAUUAAAUAAAUGUCCCCCAAUUUCCCCUAAAAUAAGCAUCUUUAUUUCUUUUUAAAUAACUGCAUGAAGCUGUUAUAAGUGGUUAAAGCUAGCGGAUGUGGGGUGUUAAUAACGGCACUAAAAGGUGCCUUUACAUAGUGGUCUAUGGGGACUGUGUUGAAACUGUAAAUAUAUAUAUAUAUAUAUAUAUAUAUACUUAUACAGGUGGCCCUAUUUUUGCGCUGGUUCAAUUUGCGCCAUUUCAGAAUAACGCCCUUUUUUCCAGUCAUGUGACUGUUAUUGAAAAGCACUGAGAAGCAGUGCAUUGAUUAAAAUAAGGGCAGGCCAGUAGGUGGAGCUGUACGCUUGUGUUUCAGCAAAGAUAUGCAAGCCAAGCAGGCUAAAAUUAAUCAGUGUAACUAGACCUGAGCUAUCGAGCAGCUUUCAAAGGAACAAGAUCUAGCAGCCACUUCCCUUUUAACUUCCUGCCCAGCUGCUUGAAGGUCAGGGUGCCUAUAAAUCAGUCCAGACUGGAAUGCAUAGAAUAACUGCAGACCCAAUAUUAUCUAACAUGCUAACAAUGCAGAUAACUGUUUGCAGAAAAAUGCAAGUAAAAAAAAUGUUUUUGUUCAUUAAACUUAGUUUGAUGAUCCAUUCUGUUUUGUGUGAUUAUUUUAUUAGGUUUGUAAUGCUGUUUAGCAAAUGUUUUUGUUCAUUAAACUUAGUUUGAUGAUAUAUUCUGUGUUAUGUGAUUAUUUUAUUAGGUUUAUAAUGAUGUUUAGCAUUUAAAGUCUUUAUUUCAAAGCUUUAAAAAUAAUGUAUUAGGUGUUACUUAUGUCAAUUUUGAGAGGGUCCUGUAACCUAACUCCCUCACUUUCCACUGACUUACAUUAUGAACUGGGUUUCAAUUUACAAUGGUUUCUAAUUACAACCAUUCCUUCUGGAAACUAACCCCGGCGAAAAACUGAGCACUACCUGUAUACAUAAAUAUUUAUGUGUCAAUAUGUGUAUAUACACAUAUGAACACAUAAAUAUAUGUAUAUAUUCAUACACAUAUAUUUUAAAUAAGCUGCCCAAUGCUGCGCGACUUACCCACUUCACUGUGCUAGGUUCUGUGCCGUGUCUAUCGGCAUCAGAAAGAGGCUCCCAUUGGAGCCUAUGGAGGCGCGAUCUCGUGAGCGCAAAGCUUCCAUGGAAUGCGAAGGUGUGGUCGCCUUCACAUUGCACUGCACUUAUAAUACCAGCACACAUUUGCACGCGCUGGUAUUACAAGUGGAGCGCAAAUGAGCAGUUUUGCGAUCUACUUGUAAUCUGGCCCUAAAUAAAGUUGCUUACCUUACUUUUUUAUUUAUAAGCUUUAUUUGUAAUUUUUAAAAUAUUAUUUUUUGUUUAAUCUUUUAUUUGUAUAAACAUCAUUUCACACUGGAUAUUUGUAUAGUUCUGACUUAUGAUUCUGCUCAGAAUUAUGGAACAUUGAAGAAAAUGUAUAAAAAUAAAAAUAAAUAUUUUGUUAUGCCA